UGAAGAGUGCACUGCCUCUGAUGGUUUUGCUUCACCUGUGUUGGAAUUCUCUCCCGGAAGUAUGCCCCACGAGUUUGUUCAACGAGGAUGUCAACAAUUGCACUGUGACGUCAAGACUAAUUCUACCCGAGCAUUAUGUGAAAGAGAUUAGACCACCGUCAGCAAAAGGUGCGCCUGUAGUGGUAAAUUUUAACAUCUUAGUAGUUGACAUUAAUUCAAUCAAUGUCGAAGAUAUGGAUUUCCGUGUAGACAUGUUCGUCAGUCAGAGUUGGAUGGAAUCUCGACUGAACAUGCCUCAGGACAUGUUCGAGGAGGACGACGACUACGUUAUACUCCCACCAGAAUUUUUCGACAAUCUUUGGCAACCGGACCCGUAUUUCCUGAAUUCCAAAGUAUCCGAGAUCGCGACCUUAAACCAUAAGUUCUCUCUGGUCACGUUAUAUCGGAAUAAAACUGUUAAAUAUUCCGCGCGAAUUAACGCGAUUGUCGCCUGUCAAAUGGAGUUUCAGUUGUAUCCGAUGGACAUUCAGAUCUGCCCGAUUUACAUAGAGAGCUUUUCCUACAACAGAAAGAAGCUACGCUUAAAAUGGGGCAAGGGUGGUGUCACGGUGAAUCCCGAGCUAAAAUUGUUGCAAUACGACAUCGGGAAGCCUGCGGUGCUCGAGGAGACCAUAGAUUACAUGCUGGAGAAAAACGGAAAUUUUUCGAGACUGGUCGUCUUCUUUCGCUUCGAGAGACAGAUCGGUCACCACUUAAUACAAACUUUCGCACCGUCGACGCUGGUAGUGAUGCUCUCUUGGUUCAGCUUCUGGCUGGGCUUGGAUGCGAUUCCUGGUCGAGUGGCUCUUCUGGUCACGAGCAUGCUUACUCUGGUAACGAUGUUCACCGGCCUUAAGAGCGACAUCCCACCAGUGGCGUAUAUUAAGGCGUUGGACGUGUGGAUGGCCGGCUGUAUGAUGUUUGUAUUCGCGGCUCUGGGUGAAUUCGUCGUGGUCAAAGUGCUCGACUUGCGACACGUCGAAAAUGACUCCCAGAGCUCCGUAGAAUCCCGCUCGUUCUCGCGAUUAAUAGCGAUGGAGGAGAGACAAAACUUCUGGGACAAUGAGUAUACAUAUGCAACUAAACCGAGAAACAAGAAAACCAGUCGAUAUUUACUGCCAGCAAUGUGGCUGAAUAAUGGGUGCCAGGUAAUGCAAUCAUCGCGUAAGACGCGCUCUCAGAAGAUCGAUUGUUACAGCAGAAUCGUAUUUCCGAUACUCUUUCUGCUUUUUGUCGUCAUAUAUUGGCUGAUAGCGUUGUUAAAAAAGGCACCAUGAUAAACGAGACACGUCCUACUUACAAA